UGAGUCAAGUAAAAUGGCUGCUGCUGCUAUAAGUAAAUAAUUUUUUUCAUCAAUUUUCGGCGUGUUCUAAUGCAAAAUGGAGCCAAUUUAAUGUUCGGUUGUUAUAUGAUUUACACAUCUUUUGUUCUAUGUUAAACGUGGCAUGUAGGGGAAUAUCUACCACACACUCUGAUUUAGUUAUAAUUAGGCAAGAAUUUAUUUGUCUACCCAAUGUACAACAAUCAUUCUAAGUCUGAUAAGAUGGAGAAGAUAAUGGAUGAGGAUAGGAGGCGAAGGCUCAGAGCACUCGAGGAAAAAAUACAGGAUCCAAGGAGUAUUGGGAAUAUAGACUCAUUGCUGGAUACUGUGCAGGCUCUCUACACAGAUUGUGAUCAUCCCAGUAUAAGGAAACUUAAAAAUAUUGAUGUUUACACUAAUAGAUAUGAUAAAUUUGCAUCGGAUAUAAUAAAUUUACGCAUGAAAACCGAUGACUACGAGCAUAUCAAAGUAAUCGGCCGCGGUGCUUUCGGUAAAGUGCAGCUUGUGCGUCACAAAAGUACACGAAAAGUGUAUGCGAUGAAGCGUCUAAGCAAAGCAGAUUUAAUCAAACGCUCAGACUCUGCAUUCUUUUGGGAGGAGCGUCAUAUCAUGGCACACGCACGCUCCGAGUGGAUUGUCCAGCUGCACUUCGCUUUCCAGGACGCCAAGAACCUCUACAUGGUGAUGGAUUACAUGCCGGGCGGUGAUAUCGUUAAUUUAAUGUCCAACUAUGAAAUUCCCGAAAAGUGGGCCAAGUUUUAUACCAUGGAGGUGGUGCUGGCGUUGGAUAUCAUCCACACGAUGGGUUUCGUUCAUCGUGAUGUCAAACCGGAUAAUAUGCUGCUGGAUAAAUACGGGCAUUUGAAGUUGGCUGAUUUUGGUACGUGUAUGCGUAUGGAUGAUGAUGGUUUGGUGCGGUCGACGAAUGUCGUCGGCACGCCGGAUUAUAUCUCGCCCGAAGUGCUGCAAAGUCACGGCAAGGGGAUUUAUGGCAGGGAAUGCGACUGGUGGUCGGUUGGCAUUUUUGUUUAUGAAAUGCUUGUUGGCGAAACGCCAUUCUACGCCGAUAGUUUACUGGGGACUUACAAUAAAAUUAUGUAUCACGAAAACAACUUAACGUUUCCGCCCGAGGUGGAGAUAUCCAAGGAUGCGAAGUCGUUGAUUCAGGGACUGCUCUGCGCCAGCACGAAACGUUUAGGUCGAAAUAAUGUGGACGAAAUCAAAAAUCAUCCAUUUUUCAUCAACGAUCAGUGGACAUUUGAAAAUCUUCGAGAUUCUGUGCCGCCUGUCGUGCCUGAGUUGACCGGGGAUGAUGAUACGAGUAAUUUUGAUGAUUAUGAAAAGGAUGAAUCGCCUGAGGAGAUUUUUACGAUUCCCAAUACGUUUAUUGGUAAUCAUCUUCCGUUUAUCGGGUUUACUUACGCUUCCGAUUAUCAACUUUUAUCGGCAACGAUUGCGAAGACAGAUAGUGUCGAUAGCAAUCAUGUUACAAAUGAUACAAACGCUCAAGUGCAGAAACUAGAGGCACAAUUAGAAGAAGAACGCCAAAAUAUUCAAUUCCUUGAAGAGAAGCACCAUAUACUUAUUGCUCAAAUAGACAAUCUGGCACAGCGAGAGUCGGAAAUUCGCGAGAGCGAAGCAGCGCGUUAUGAAAAAGAGCUCAAAAUGCUUGAGCACGCCCGAAAAGAAAUGAUGCGCAAGGCUGAAAACGAAGGCGAGUUAAGGAAAAAGACCGAGAAAUUACUCUCGGAUUUUAAAAAGCGUUUUGAAGACGAGCAAAAUAAAAGACUGCGCGAAAUGAACAACAGUCAGGCACACAACGAUAAGAUGAACACACUAGAGAAACAAAUCACAGAGUUUCAGGAUAAGUUGAAAGCAGAGACGGAGAAUUGUCAGCGAUUGAGGAAGCAGGCGUCCGAGUUGACAAUGGCGAAGAGUACUUCCGAGCAACUAGCGAGCGAGUAUCAAACGAUGAUGCAGAAUAUGCAAGUGCAACGCGAUAACAUGAAGACAGAGCUUGUGAUGCUGCAGGGGCAGCUCACACAAGAGAAAAACAAUCGGUCUAUGGCCAGUAAUCAGCAGGCAGUGUUGGAGAACAAGGUGCAGAGCUUAAAUGCGGAAAUUGAGAGGAUUCGAUCACGGGAGAAUGGCGUCACUGUUGAUAACAUGCAACUUAAUGAGAAGAUUUCGUUCAUGGAGAAAGAAUGUGCCACACUCAAGCUGGAGCUGAAAUCUUUACAAAAUAGAUAUCAGCAUGAAGUCAAGGCUCAUGAGGAGACUACGAAGAGUAAGAUGAUGAACAAGGAGGAGGCGAAUCUUGAAGUUGUCAAAGUACUCGUGGAAAAAAUCAAUCUGGCGCUGCAAACAAAGUUGAACGAAGAAAAAUGCGCCCGCCAGCAAGCCGAUUUGAAUUCUCAGGAAAAAGAACGUCAAAUCUCAAUGUUAUCAGUGGAUUACAGGCAGAUUCAGCAACGCCUGCAGAAAUUGGAAGGCGAAUAUCGCCAGGAAGUCGAAAAGGUGAAAGCUCUCCACAGUCUAGUCGAGCAGGAACAAACGAAGAAGUCAACCAUGCAAGCUGAACUCGGCUCAGCUUUAUCCGGCAUCGCUGAAUUGAAAACGAAAGAGUCUCAGGUGCUGAAAGAAAACGCGCAUCUUCAAGAGACCAAGAAGGCUGUUGAAGAAGAACUCUACAAAGUAAAACGUGAAUGGUCCAUUGAACAAUUCCAAAUUAAAGAAUUGCAGGAUAAUUUGGAAACGGAACAAUAUUUCUCCACCUUGUACAAGACCCAAACGAAUGAGCUUAAAGAAGAAUUGGAAGAAAAGAUACGUCAAGGUAAAGAGUAUGAAGAAGAGCGCGCUUCGUUAAAGAUGCAAUGUCAACUUGCGAUUGCACGUGCUGAUUCCGAAACAUUGGCGCGUUCCAUUGCUGAAGAGACCGUGGCUGAUUUGGAGAAGGAAAAGACGAUGAAGGAAUUAGAACAGAAAGAUCUUCAAGCGAAGCAUCGCAGUGAUAUGAAUGCCAAGGAAGUUUUGAUCAAUACAACGAAAGAUCGCGAGCAGGAACUGAAGAAAAUCAACGAACAAAUUCUCAAGGAUAAGGAGGAUCUCUCUAGGAGAGUUGUGGCAUUACAGGAAGAGAUGAAAUUGAUGGAUCACAGCGAGGAGAUGGAGAAAUUAAAGGCGAAGUUGAACACGGAGCAUAUUCUUAAACAACAGGCUGUUAAUAAAUUGCAUGAGAUCAUGAACAGGAAAGACUUUAGUAAUAAGGAUACCAAGACCAAGACAAAGGUGUCCAGUGCAGAUCUCCGACGCAAAGAGAAAGACCUCAAGAAACUGCAGCAGGAAAUGGCACAGGAGAAGGAUAAAUUCAAUUCGCAGUACACGUUAUUGACCAAACAAAUUCAAGAGGUGACGCUGAGUCUUUCCGAGGAGACAGCGGCCCGGUUAAGGCUGCAGAUGGAAGUUGACAGUAAGGAUUCGGAGAUUGAGAUUCUCCAGUUGAAGCUGCAGACGUUCAACAGCGAGACAGCGUCGCUAAGCUCAGCGGAUGAAGAUCUCAAUGUGGAUUCCAUGUUUGAAGGAUGGCUCUCAAUACCAAAUAAGCAGAAUAUUCGACGACAUGGCUGGAAGAAGCAAUUUGUGGUUGUCUCUAGCAAGAAAGUGAUAUUCUACAACUCGGAAAAUGACAAACAGAAUACAGAUCCUGUUAUUGUUCUGGAUUUAUGCAAAGUGUUUCACGUACGAUCCGUGACACAAGGCGAUGUGAUUCGUGCGGAUUUGAAGGACAUACCACGAAUAUUCCAGCUGCUGUACGCUGGCGAAGGAGAAGCGCGCAAAACCGACGAGCAGGGCAACUCGCUGGACAUCAGUUCAAUCAAAGGCGAUGAUAAACCCGGCACCAUUGUGCACAAAGGUCACGAAUUCUUGCACAUUUCUUAUCAUAUGCCUACGACGUGUGAGGUGUGUCCGAAACCCAUGUGGCAUAUGUUCAGGCCGCCACCAGCUUUAGAAUGCAGACGAUGCCGAGUGAAAAUUCAUAAAGAUCACAUCGAUCGCAAGGAAGACGUUGCACCGUGCAAACUGCACUACGAUCCUAGUUACGCCAAAGAACUAUUACUGUUAGCGCCGUCGGUGGACGAGCAGAAGCACUGGGUGAAUCGACUGAGUAAGAAGAUCCAGAAAUGCGGAUACAAAGCCAAUAAUUCCAAUGCCAUAGAUUCAGCGAAAGUCUCUCCAAGCUCUAGAAGUACUUCUCUAUUGAACUGACGCCAGUAUCUUUAGCUUUAGUCACAUUUGUCUAUGGCAUGGGUUUGCUUAUUCUUAGUUUUUGAUUUUCUGACACUUGCACCAAACGUGAGCGCUUGAAUGAAUUUCGUAAAGCCGAUGGUUGUUUUUGCCGCAAACAGGGAAUCAACAAGAUUACUAAAGCCAUACUUGAACGUUCAGCAACGAUCGGCCACAUUGCCAGCGAACUCGUCGAUGAACAAUAAGUGAGGCGACCGGCUUAUAUAUUAUAUACAUGAAUUACUUACGGACGGGAGUAAUGCUUAAAUCUAAUUAGGUGAUACUUACUUUUCUACUUGAGCUGUGACAAAAUUAGAGUUAUCACAUCAUUACACUAUGUUUUUUUUGUUUAAAUGUGAGGUGAGUGACGAUCUGCUCAAUUAUGCCUUAACUACGGAUACUUAACGAAUUUGCCUACAAAUCAAACGGGGCCUAACGAAAAAAUGUUGCUACAUGUUUUAAUCAUAACUUAAGCUAAGUCGGAAUUGUUGGUUUAUAUAUCUUCUGGCACCAUGUACAUAAAUGCAAUCAUUUUUCUAUUGAAAUCGACUAAAACGCAAGCCAAUUCGUCCAGGAACAAGACAGGAAUUUACGCUAGACUACAGUAUUUCACAAUGACGCAGUUCAAAUGCAUUGUACCUCAAGUAAUUGCGAACGAUUUAUGUUAUUCAAUUCGAUUUUAAGAACGAUACAUUCCGUUGAUAAGAUGCGUUUCGAAAUUGAUUGAACCAAUUUGUUGUUAAACGUGUUUAUUGUGUACAAAUAAUAUAUGUAUUUAGAAUAUCCCGAAUUCUAGACGAAAAACGAAAAUCAAAAUGUUACAAAUGCAAGGGAAAGACGACAACAAUAUCAUUAUUAUACGCCUGCAGCAGUGAUCGUGCUGUGUACAUUUUAUAAACUCGUGCCUUAAGUGAUAUGAUUAUUGCGACGUGCGCUGCACAUGCGCAUGCUCAUAAUUGUAUGUUAUUUAAUUAUUUUUUAAAUCUUUUUUUUUUUUGUUGUUAAUGAUAUUUACAAGAAACAUGAUUGGUCAAAUAAUGCGCUAAUAUAAAAUUCGCUCUAAUUUGUAAACUACUAAAGUAUUUAUGCAGGUAUAAAGUUAAUUACGGUUAUGAUGUACAUAUUACAUACGCUACUACACUACUACACUUCAACAAUAUGUUAGACGAGUAAAUAUUUUGUGAAUCAUCA